UUAAUCUCAGCUGUUUAUGACUUAAAACUUACUCCCCUACCUCUCUCAAUCUCUCUCCACCGCCUCCCUCCCUGUUUAAGAUACAUUAACCAACUGUACAAAUUACUAAACAUGUAUAUACACACAUCCGUAUAAAAUGUUAUGACAAGAAGCAGAGAGAAGGCAACGCUUUCUGCUUCUGCUCAAUUCUCUACUCCUACAUUAGUAUUUAGUGGUAACUCCUUUCUCUUUCUCUUUUCUCUUUCCCCUACCUAUAUAUCUCUCUUUCUCUCUUUCUAUCCUAUAGUAACAACUCAACGAUCAAGAAGAACAGAUCCAGGAAGAGGAACUGUCCAUCAAAAUAUCCAUUGUUCAGUCACCCCAUCAAUCAUAUCAAGAAUCAAAAUCCCAAAAAAAAAAAAAAGUAAAAAACAUGUCCUCCUCAUCAGCUGCCUUUUCACCGGACCACCUCUCUCCCUCCGACCAGCUCUGUUACGUCCAUUGCAACUUUUGUGACACGGUCCUCGCGGUAAGCGUCCCUUGCUCUAGCUUGUUCAAGACUGUCACGGUUCGAUGCGGCCACUGCACCAACCUCUUGACCGUGAACAUGCGUAGCCUGCUUCUUCCUGCGGCUAACCAGCUCCACCUUGGUCAUGCUUUCUUCAACCCGCAGAAUAUCCUGGAGGAGAUCCGGAGCGUGGCACCACCGAAUAUGCUGCUAAAUCAGCCAAACCCAAAUGAGCCGCUUAUGUCUGUGCGAGGAGGGAUGGAGGAGCUCCCUAAGCCACCUGUGGUUAAUAGACCUCCGGAGAAGAGACAGAGAGUCCCAUCUGCCUACAACCGCUUUAUCAAGGACGAGAUCCAACGCAUCAAAGCUGGAAACCCUGAUAUAAGUCACAGAGAGGCGUUUAGUGCAGCUGCAAAGAAUUGGGCACACUUUCCACAUAUCCAUUUCGGACUUAUGCCUGAUCAACCCGUGAAGAAAACUAAUGUGCUCCAACAGGAAGGAGAGGUUGGUGCAGCCAAUGUGGGAGUUGCCCCCUACUAAUAAGCGAAAUUCUUAGGGUUUCUUUUUCAGCUCUCCAGCUCUUCUCUUUGUGUUGAACUGUUAAGUAUUAGUACUGAAAUCUAUAUGAAUCCUACUACCUAAGUAUUCAGUAUCCUAUCACAUUUUAGUUUUUAGGCCACUAUACCUUAGGACUUUUAGCUUUCUACAUUUAAAUGGAAUUAUUUGAUAAAUAUAGGUGGGAAGAGUUCUGCAUUAAUUUUA